AUGUCAUCGGAAGGUGAAGAAUCAUCAUUUAUUUCAAAUAACAAUAUCAAUGAAAGCAACAUUGAAGCAGGAGAAUAUUCAUACAUGGACUAUGAUCCGUUAGAAGAAAAUGAUCAGUCCAAAGAGGAGCGAGUCAUGGAAGAGUUAGUGGAUGAUGCAGAGGAUGAUAAACUUUCAGAUGAUAUUGGAACGGGAGAGAAAACAACAAAUGAGGGAGAACAUAGCUCCGAAAACCAAGCACUAAAUGAUUCAUUUGAGAAUAACAUUUCUAUUACUGAAAUUGAGGAUAGUGAUGAUGAAGAAACUAGAGAAUAUAAAACGCUAUUAAAGAAGAAAUCCAAGUACAUUGAACGAUAUGCAGAUGAGCUAAAAAGACGUGAAGUUAUAUAUGCAAAACAUAGGAAAGCUCAAAAACGACUCUCAGAGAUAUUUAAGGUGACAAAAUCCAGUGAACGGUUUAACUCCACUUCCGUUCCUUCAUCAGAAAUCGAAGAACGUUACGCCAAGUACGUUGCAGAACAUAAAGAGUUGAGAGAUGAAAUGGAAGAGCUUCGAAAAAAGAAUGCAUUUCAGUUGAAUGAAAUGAGAAUUCGCCUGGAGGAACGAGAAACAAAUGCUGCAGAAUUGCAACACUCUUUUCGAGAGUUUAAAAGAAGUAUGGCCCUAAGUGCGGUAGACAGCCGAACAGGUAAAAAGAUUCCAAAAACUUCAAUCAACAAGUACAUUGAAAAGGAUGAGCAAAAAGAUCAACUUAUUAGAGAAAUUAGAACCACAUACAUCGAGCUGAAAAACAGCAAGGAAAGCUUAGAGAAACUAAUCAAAAGCAGGGAAGAAUUUUCUGAGGGACUUCAUUUAAUGGAUUACGAGCAACUGAAAAUGGAGAAUUCGACUCUAAUGGAAAAACUUCGAGAAAAGAGAGAUAGUUUGAAAAAAGCAAGAGAAAAACAAACAACCACAGUGCAUAUUUUGACACAUGUAAAAGAAAAACUUCAGUAUGUUCAAACAGAAAACUCAGAGCUUCAACGAAAGCUAGAAAAGCUCAAUGAAGAGAUGGCAGACCACAAGGACAUGCUUACAAGAAUCAAAAAGGAUAGAGAUGGAUUGAAAAAACAAAAUUUGGAUAUGAGAGAGAAAGAACCACUUGUGGGUAAUGACUCACUUUUGCUAGACUUCCAAAGCAGAAAAGAUGAGCUGGAACAACUCAAAAGAACAAGUGGUAGAUCUUAA